AUUUAGCCCCAAAAUUCCCUCAAACAAAAUGUCAAUCAACAGAGUUCAGAAACUCCUUCUCUCCGAAUAUUGCGAUUUUGAAGAUAUGGUGCUGAUCGAAAGUCCCUUCGCUCAAACUACUAAAGAGGGAAACGGUCUGAGACAAGUUCAUUUAGGUUUGACACCGUCAAAAUUGAUUCUUGCCACAGACAUCCUGCCACCGAUCGAUAGCGAAAAUUUCGAUUUCAGCCCUUUGGUGGAUCCGGAAAUCGAAACAUUCGAACUAAUUGCAAUAUACCCCGUCGAAUGCGUCACCCUGAGCGUUUAUAGACGAAAGAGAAGACAAGCUUUGAAGGCCAGAUUUUGUAACAACCGUGUCCUUUAUUUUGAACUGGGAGGUUUUGAAAGGAGAGGUAUGUUUUGGAACUUGUGGUGUGAAAAGGUGAAAUUCCUUUGUCCGACCGAUUCUGCAUCAUCGCGAUCAGAAACUUCCGUCGCUACAUCGACUACUGGUAGCAGCUUGUACCUUUUGGAAAAGAAAGUGGUGUCUGUUAGCGGAAUGAGACAGCUAUGGUACAGAUUCGGACCGACUUUUGGCGUCGAUACGCACUUUAUCAACCAAGUUCUCAAUGCAAAUAAUAAUUGUCUGAGUCUAACGAAGAAAUGGACCGACAGAUACUUGUUCCUAGGCAAAGGUUUCCAAUCAUCUGAUCAACAAAUAGAAUGUGCUGACGAAUGUUCAGAGCGAAAGAAAAAUUUAAGGUAUAUUUGCAAAAGAAGGUCUCAUGCUCCUCUUAUCGAAGAGAAACGAUUAAACUUUGGCGAUAAAGUCCACGUAAACCGAUUUGGAUCCGGUGUGCAAGAGGGGUGCCGUACCGGUCUGUACUUGUCUUUAGAUAGUUACAUUUCGCCAGUCACUUACAGCAGUGCCGUGCGGAGUUUAGCAUCCGAUCAAAGUUUGGAAUGGCCGUUGAUGAAUUACGAAGAAUUGGCCGAGACGGCCGUGAUGCUGUGGGAAUUUUACGGAUUUGAAGAUGAAACCAGAUGCAAGCAAGGCAAUCUAAUAAAUAUGUUUGCUAGCCAUAGUUUUUGCAGGUUUAAACAUAGAAGAAGAUAUGGUUUUGCUCCGAAACCGUGGUUUCUCUAUGGUUUCGGGCCAGAGACUUUAUCCAAAGGGGACAAGUUCUCCCUUCAAAUUAAAAGAGCGUCUUCUGAGGUAUACCUAAGGCCGCCGGAUUCUCCAACGGGUUUGAAAUUAUCCGUUUCUAAACGUCAAUUAACAGCCACUGUGUCGUGUCCACACAUAGACGAUUUAGGGAAGAGCGCGAGCAAUAACAUCGUUAACUGCCACAAAAAACCAUUAAUUCUGUUUUGGACCCCAAACUACUGGUACAGACCAGUUUCAGCAAAAGAUGCGUACCAAGAACUCCAAGCGCACUUAACGAAGAUUAGAGAAUGUCGCGAGACACAAUGUAAACAUCGAAUAUCUUGUAUAGGACGCCAAAAAUUCAACGGCAAGUUUUUGAAACGUAAUCGCGUAAAGGGAAAAGAGACCGAUGAAGACGACGAAGAUUUUGGCACACGACGCAACAAGCGGAAACCUAAUUUUAUCGCGAACAUUUUUGGAGCUAAAAUCGACGAAGUGCCAAAAGCGGGCGAAAGCAGACAACCAAACGAAUCUUCCUUUCAGUAUUUGAAGCGCGUUCUUCGUUUGGAGGUAAAAUUGAAAGCUUGGGAUUUCGAUUCAACGACGCUGGCUCACCAGAUAACGUUGAUUGACAAGGAGUUGUUCUUGAAGGUGUCAGCGUCCGAAUUAGAAGUGCUGGUUUGGCAGCAAAAUUGUAGAAAUGCACCGAACGUAGCUGCAAUCGUGGCCUUUUCGUACAGAAUCGGCUGCCUUAUAUCUACAGAAAUUCUCAAAGAUGAUUCGGAGAGAGUGCGAGCACGUUUAGUGGCGAGAUUUAUAAACGUGGCCAAUAAAUGCCACCGAAUCUCCAACUUCCAAUCAUGCCGAUCCGUUCUGAGCGGCCUCCAAAGUCCGGCGAUUUUCAGGUUGCGAAAGACAUGGGCUUACGUACGGAAAAAACACGCUUCGAAAUAUCAGGUUUUUGAGUUUUUGUGCAGGCUAUAUCGUGAUCCUAGAAUGCCGUCAUAUCAGAAAACAUUUUUUAUUUUUUCCCAGAGCGCGCCAUUUCUGCCCUAUAUCGGGCACGUUAUCGGCAAAUUAUUGGAUAAAAUUCCCGAAUACAGAAUAAACGUAUUCAAAAGGCAGCCUUCGCGACCCGAUAGUUAUAGUGCAAGUACCUCGACGUCAUCCAAAACUGAAAUUCAUGAAACUCUGGAUACCGGAAAAAGUAUAUUUGCCAAAAUAUUUAACGCAUUCACCACACACGUCGAUCGAACGGAAAAUGGUGUAGGUGACGUUGCCAAACAUCGAAAUAAAGCCAAAAAAUCGCCGUCCGUGAAAUAUAUUAAGUUUAAAGGCUUAUAUGAGUACUAUAAACCCUGGGAAUUUUACGAAGACAAUAGACCCGAAACUUUGUUGGAAGCCGUGAAGUUGCUUGAGAAAUGUCAGCUGGCGGCCAUCAACUACAGUUUUAGUUGCGAUGAAGCAGCUAGAAAUUUUUUGUUAAAAACGAGACACUACGACGACCAAGACAAUUUCUUUUAUUCAUUCAAAGUCGAAGCGACGGAAUCCAACAUUGUAAACGAUAAAGUAAAGGUUCUAACUAAGUAA